GACGUUUUAACUAUUUUUAUUUCUUCCAAAAUAAUGGAUACUUUUUAAGCAAACUUUAAAACCGGAAGCAAAAAAUUUGUAAUCUGGAAGUACGUAACUGUUUAUCUCCCUUUUUCCCUUCAUCGCCAUCAGAGAUCGUCAAGAUGGUGCGCAUGAAUGUGUUAGCUGACGCGCUUAAUUCCAUUUCCAAAGCUGAAAAGCGUGGAAAACGCCAAGUGUUGCUGAGGCCAGCAUCAAAAGUCAUAGUUAAAUUUCUUGGAGUUAUGAUGAAGCAUGGUUAUAUUGGAGAGUUUGAACAGAUUGAUGACCACAGAAGUGGAAAGAUAGUUGUUAAUUUAACUGGAAGGUUAAACAAAUGUGGAGUUGUUAGCCCUAGGUUUGAUGUAUCUAUUAGAGAUAUGGAAAAAUGGACAAACAAUCUUCUACCUUCUAGACAGUUUGGUUUCAUUGUGUUAACAACUUCCAGUGGAAUAAUGGACCAUGAAGAGGCAAGGAGAAAACACUUGGGGGGCAAAAUUCUUGGAUUUUUCUUUUAAUGACAGUAUGCAGCGCAAACAAUAAACAUAUUAAAUUAA